AUGCAUGCGACCGAGGCAUCCUAUUACAAGAUCAAUCGAGUUAUUCUAAAGACGCUCGGUUUAUGGCCGUAUCAGCAGUCACGUCUAGUACGAAUACAGAAUGUACUGUUUAUCGUUAUUCUAACGUCAUUCAUCAUUGUGCAGUUGAUGGUAUUUGUUACAACACAGUACAACACUAAUGUCCUCUUCGAAGUUCUCUCGCUCAUGUUUCCCAAUGUCUUCGUCACGUUGAAAUACUACCUCUAUGUCAUUCAGGCGAACGUGAAACAAUUGCUGGAAAGAAUACACGAUGAUUGGGGUUCACUAAAGGAUAAAGUGGAAAUUAAAAUUUUAAAAAAAUAUACUCGCAGCGGGAGGUUUAUCACGAUAAUUGUGAUGUUAUUUUGCAAUAUCUUCGCAAUCUUUUCCAUAAUAUGUCAAUUCCUACCGAUGAUACUGGAUAUCGUGUCACCGCUCAACGCAUCCAGACCAUAUCAAAUUGUCGCGAGAACAGAAUACUUUGUCAGCCAGGAAAAAUAUUUCUACGCCAUUGCAACACAUGAGAUUGUAGCCUGCUAUAUUGGAAUGGUCGCGAUUUGCAGUUAUCGUAUAGAGAUAGCAAUCGAAAGGAAUGCGUUGACUAUCCCUGCUCCUAGAAGAGAUUAUCUCCUUCAUCGCAGAGUUGUCCACGCCGUAACUUUUCAUCAAAGAGCCAACGAGUUGUUCGUUCAACUGAUAACGUUAAUUCAUGACACCAACGAAAUGAUCGUAUUCGCUCUAAUAGUGGCGGCUCACUUGAGCUACAUAUUUCUCAUUAACUAUGGCGGACAGGAAAUAACGGAACACGGGAUAAAGCUGUUCAGAACAACUUACACUGUACCGUGGUACACGGCACCGUUGCAAACGCAGAAAUUGCUUUUGAUGAUAAUGCAAAGGGGAACGAGAAAUGUCAUAUUAACAUGUGGCGGUAUGUUCGUCGCGUCUCUGGAACUUUUCGUAUCGGUAAAAUGCAAAGUUCUCGUUUACCGAAAAUAUCAUAUUUCGACAUGAAUUUAAUGGGUGAUGUCAUGUGUCUUUUAAGCUGACGAGCACGGCCGUGUCUUAUUUCACU